AUGGAUCUACCAAUUGAUGUUCAACACCGUAUCCUCGAAAAAUUACCCCUGAAAACUCUCUUCCAAAUCCGAUCCCUCCACUCGACAUUCGACAACUAUUUCCGAUUUCACUGCAAAAAAUGGCGUUGCUCAUCCCUGGCCAUUUAUCGGCUCAUUGAACAGGAUUCAACCCUUUUCCAACUGGACGACUGGGCAAUCGGUCAGAAACACUUCGAGAUGUGCCGGCUCUUGACUGUCCAUUUAAUGACGAUAAGCGGGCCGGGUAUCACGUGGAUGGAACUUCCGAUUGACCUGGGCAAAUUCGGAGCUCUUGCUCAAGCUGGAGGAGUACGAGCUCGAAUCAUGCAAAUAACGGCGGCAAAUAUUGAUGAGAAGUCGAGGGAAAUGAUAAGAAAUGUCCACCCGAAAGUGCUGCAUAUCAACAAAGUGUUCAUUUCUGAAGAAACUUGGCUAUCAAUCCCUCCAUCCUGUGAGAAAGUGGUGAUCGGAACGUAUUACAAUCCAUACAUCGAUCUCACUGAAGCCACCGGGCUAAAAGAGAUCUCUAUCAACCAAAAGAAGGCAGAGAAGCUGACUUCGGAGACGGUUACGGAAAUGGAUCUGCCAAUUGAUGUUCAACAUCGUAUCCUCGAAAAAGUACCCCUGAGAACUCUCUUCCAAAUCCGAUCCCUUCACUCGACAUUCAACAACUAUUUACGAUUCCAUUGCAAGUCAUUGCGAUGUUCCUCACUGGCCAUUUAUCGGCUCAACAAACGGUCACCAACCGCUCUCCAAUUGGACGGUCGGGUCAUCACUCAGCCACAACUCGCAAAAUUGCGCCAUUUGGACGUCGAAUUGUUGACGAUUACUAUUUUGGAUCGGCCGCGGACCUACACCGUUGAUCUGGGAGAACUGGGAAUCCUCGGGGAAACUGGGCGACUACGCGCGCGAGUUGUACAAGUAUGGCCGGCAAAGAUGGAUGAGGGAAUCAGGGAAUUUAUUAGAAAUAUCCACCCAAAAGUGCUGCACAUCGACGACGUGCUCAUUUCUGCGGACAAUUCGCUGGCAAUCCCCUCCUCGUGUGAGAAAGUGAGGAUCAGCAACACAUACAAUCCAUACAUCGAUCUCACUGAAGCGACUGGGCUAAAAGAGAUCAUGAUCAUGAACGCAAAACUAAAGCUGACUUCGGAGACGGUUACUGAGAUUCUCAACAAAAUUCGCGAAGGAGUAGCGACGCGACAGAUGGUGGAUGGGAUGAUUGAAGAACUGAAUAGUGGAGAACCGGGAAGACUAUGGCAUUAUCGAGAGACAGACGAUAGACAUUACCUUUGCCAUACUCAUGUCUCUUUCUUCAUUACAAAAUUACCAACGGCAAAUCAA